AUGGCGGCGGCGGCGGGCGCGGCGCGGCGGCGGCGGCCGGAGCGGGGGGAGGCGGCGGAGCCCCCCCCGAGCCCCACCGGGACCCCCAAGGCCCCCGGUACCGGCACCGGGCCCGGGCUGGCGCGGCGGCUGCUGGGGUUCGAGCUGCGGGAGCUGACGCGCUGGCACCGCUUCGUGCGGCUGCUGCACCGGCCGCAGGACCCCGCCGCGCUCGGCGCUUUCCGCGCCGCCUUCGGGCUGCUGAUGGCCCUGGACGUGCCGCAGGAGCGCGGGCUGGGCCACCUGGACCAGCGGUACCUGGACGGGCUGGAGGUUUGCCGCUUCCCCCUGCUGCCCUUCCUGGCGCCGCUGCCCCUGGACUGGAUGUACCUGCUCUACACCAUCAUGUUCCUGGGGGCUCUGGGCAUCAUGCUGGGCUGCUGCUACCGGCUGAGCUGCGUGGCGUUCCUGUGCCCCUACUGGUACCUGCUGCUGCUGGACAAAACCUCCUGGAACAACCACUCCUACCUCUACGGGCUGCUGGGCUUCCAGCUGGCACUGAUGGGCGCUGACCGCUACGGCUCCGUGGACGGGCUGUUCCGGCCCCGCAAGCGCAACGCCCACGUGCCGCUGUGGAACUACGCCCUGCUGCGUGCCCAGGUGUUCAUCGUGUACUUCAUCGCGGGGCUCAAGAAGCUGGAUGCUGACUGGGUCGGGGGCUUCUCCAUGGGGACCCUGGCCCGACACUGGCUCUUUGCACCCUUCAGGCUGGUGCUGUCGGAGGAGCUCACCAGCCGCCUGGUGGUGCACGGGGGCGGGCUGGUGCUCGACCUCUCCGCCGGCUUCCUGCUCUUCUUCGACGCCACGCGGCCCCUGGCCCUCGUCUUCGUCACCUACUUCCACUGCAUGAACUCCCAGCUCUUCAGCAUCGGCAUGUUCUCCUACACCAUGCUGGCCACCAACGGGCUCUUCUGCCGGCCCGAGUGGCCCCGGGGGCUCGUGGCCCGCUGCCCCCCCCGGCUGCAGGCCUGGCUGCCCAGCACGGAGCCCCCCCAGCCCAGCCCCGACUGCCACUACGGGGGCAGGAGAGCCCGGGGGGGCCUUCGGCCUCGCCAGCACCUGGCCGCAGCCUUCACCAUCCUCUACGUGCUGGAGCAGCUCUUCCUGCCCUACUCGCACUUCAUCACCCAGGGCUACAACAACUGGACCAACGGGCUCUACGGCUACUCGUGGGACAUGAUGGUGCACUCCCGCUUCCACCAGCACGUCAAGAUCACCUACAGGGACGGGCUCACCGGGGAGGUGGGCUACCUCAAACCAGGGGCGUUCACGCAGAGCCGGCGCUGGCGGGACCACGCUGACAUGCUGAAGCAGUACUCGGCCUGCCUGAGCCGGCUGCUGCCGCGCUACAACAUCAGCCAGCCCCAGAUCUACUUCGACGUCUGGGUGUCCAUCAAUGAGCGCUUCCAGCAGAGGCUUGUGGACCCCCGUGUGGACCUGGUGCGCGCCCCCUGGUCCCCGUGGACCCCCACGCCGUGGCUGCUGCCGCUGCUCGUGGAUCUGUCGCCGUGGCGCCAGCGGCUGCAGGAGCUGGAGGCGCAGCUGGACGGACACACGGACACCGUGUUCAUCGCCGACUUCCCCGGCCUGCACCUGGAGAACUUUGUGAGCGAGGACCUGGGGAACACGAGCCUGCGGGUGCUGAAGGGGCAGGUGCUGGUGGAGCUGGUGGAGCAGCAGCAGAACCACUCCCUGCACGAGGGGCAGGGGAUGCAGCUGCCAGCAGGGCAGUACCACAAGGUGCACACGGUGUCCCCCGAGCCCUCGUGCUACAUGUACCUGUACGUGAACACCACGGCGCUGGAGCUGGAGCAGAACCUGACGCGGCUGCAGGAGCUGCGGGAGCGCGUGCGCAACGGCACCGAGCAGGCCCCGCUGCCCCCCGAGCUGCGGCCGCUGCUGGGGGAGCCCCUGCCCGCGGGGGCGCCCCUGGACCCGCUGGUGUCGCUGUUCCUGCGGCGGGAGCAGCGCCAGCAGCGCAAGGAGCGCGAGGCCGGCCUGGCCCAGCGCCUGCGCCGCUUCCUCCGCAGGAAGUUCUUCCUCUUCCGCCGCAGUGCCCUGAUGACGCUGAUUGCCCUGCGGAACCUGGCGCUGGGCCGCCCGGCCCCGGAGCGCCUGGCACAGGAGGUGGCCUUCGCCACCUGGCGCGGGGAGGAGGAGGAGGCUCGGCCCGAGGGCGACGGGGGAGCCCCGAGGGGCCCAGAGCUCUGAACACCCCCAAUAAAUGCAGUUUUGUAAGCCAGAAAUCCUCCCGUGCCUCAGUUUCCCCCCGGUGCCCCGGAUUCUCCCCAUAUCUACCCCUCCUUCCCUGUGCGUUCCCCACUGUGCCCCAUUCCCUCCAUCCCUCAGCCACAUUCCCUUCCUGGUUCCUCCAUCCCAUCUCCCCUGAACCCCAAUUCCCCCAUACCUGUUUCCCCAUUCCCAUUAUCUCCCCAAACCCCAAUUUCCCCCCGUACCCGUUGCCCCAAUGCUCAUUCCUGCCUUGUACUCCGCUUCCCCCACCCCUGUUCCCCCACACACGCUUUGUCCCCAUCUCCUCCCCCAAAUCCCACUUUCCCUUGCACCCCAAUUUCUCUAUCCCCAGUGCUUCAGUUCCCAAAAUCCCUCAGCUGCCCCUGUGUUCCCCCCACACACUCAAGGUGGCUCCGUCUAACCCAUCGCUUUUAUUGAGAUUCUUUUUCUUUUUGAGUUCAUUUUUGGAUUCAGUGGAUCAAAACAUUCGGACGAAACCUCCCGAAAAUAGUAAAACCAAGAAAAAAAAAAAAAA